GUCCAGCUGUGUUCAAUUUGCUGCAGAGUGGUUGGCAAUAUCACCCUUUCCCUUGGGCAAAAAUCACACUCCUGUAAUGAAGGAGGUACUGUUUGUUUGUUUUUUUUCUUCUUUCUUCAAUUUAUUCACAUAGUGAAUGGAGAAAUGUUGAGGUAACCCCUUCAGGAGAUGGUUCUGGAGCCCCACGUCACCAUGGGCUCUAUCGCCCUGUGCCUUUGCCAUCCCCACGCGCUGUGCCAUGGUGCAGGAGCAGUGUGUGCGCCAUGGUGCUGGGUGAGCGCUGGGCACAUUUUGGAGGCCGUGGAGCUUCGCUGCCAGGGCUGAGCCAUACAGGCGUUGUUGUGACACGGAGCCUUCCUCCUCCUCUCAGCCAUUCUUCAGUCACUGUUGAUGGGACACGGGGGCAGCACUCACUCUGGCAGGCGCUCAGUUCUAUGGAUGUGCCACGAUGUGUGCACAGACCCACACCCAACCCCCCACCCCCCUUCCUGUCCCAGUGUCAUGCAGUGGUGUCCGUCCGUCCCCAGUCCCGUCUGGCAGCACCAUGGCCAUCCCCAGAACCCAUCCUGGGGCAGUGCUGGCAGUGGGCUGCAGAGAUGUCUCCGUUCAUUCCAAAGCUCUCUGACUGUCUCACUUGCAUCCCGCUUCCCACUGCGGGAGAUGUAAUGAGACAUUUCCCAGGAUGAGAAUGCUGUUUCCUGGCCAACUGCAGUGGGAGCGCGGGGAUUGGAGGUGCAGGGACCUGCCAAUGGUUUUUCCUCUCUUUCCAAAGCUACGUUUAUUUGAAGGUACAUUUCUCAUGGCAAAAUAUUUCAGUUGGUUUGAAAUAGAGCAAAAGCAUCUCGGGCACGUGAGCCCCUCUGGGAGCAGCGGGCAGCAGCCAGCCUUGGAGCAGGUGGUGCUGGGGCUGUGCCUGGGCAUUGCUUUGGGGCCAUCUCAGCUUCCCGACAGCUGCCAGCCCAGGGCCGGAGCUGUGCCUGCCUGCGCCAUGGGGACGAGGAGCUCGGGGGUGCAGGUGGAGUUCUACGUCAAUGAGAACACCUUCAAGGAGCGCCUGAAGCUCUUCUUCAUCAAAAACCAGAGAUCGAGUCUGAGGAUCCGACUGUUCAACUUCUCCCUGAAGCUGCUCACCUGCCUGCUGUACAUCGUGCGUGUGCUGCUCGACAACCCAGAGGAGGGCAUAGGAUGCUGGGAAUGCGAGAAGCAGAACUACACGCUCUUCAAUCAGUCCACCAAGAUCAACUGGUCACACAUCUUCUGGGUGGACAGAAAGCUGCCGCUGUGGGCUGUGCAGGUCAGCAUCGCCCUGAUCAGCUUUCUGGAGACCAUGCUGCUCAUCUAUCUCAGCUACAAGGGGAACAUCUGGGAGCAGAUUUUCCGCAUUUCGUUCAUCCUUGAGAUGAUCAACACAGUGCCCUUCAUUAUCACAAUAUUUUGGCCUCCUCUGCGGAAUUUGUUCAUCCCUGUCUUUCUGAACUGCUGGCUCGCCAAGUACGCCCUGGAGAACAUGAUAAAUGACCUGCACCGUGCCAUCCAGAGGACCCAGUCUGCCAUGUUCAACCAGGUGCUCAUCCUCAUCUGCACCCUCCUGUGUCUCGUCUUCACUGGCACCUGCGGCAUCCAGCAUUUGGAGAGAGCAGGAGAGAAGCUCUCCCUCUUCAAGUCCUUCUACUUUUGCAUCGUCACCUUUUCCACUGUGGGCUAUGGGGAUGUGACACCCAAGAUCUGGCCUUCCCAGCUCCUUGUCGUCAUCAUGAUCUGUGUUGCGCUGGUUGUGCUGCCGCUGCAGUUCGAGGAACUUGUCUACUUGUGGAUGGAGCGGCAGAAGUCGGGGGGCAACUACAGCCGGCACCGUGCCCAGACAGAGAAGCACGUCGUGCUGUGUGUCAGCUCACUCAAGAUUGACCUCCUCAUGGACUUCCUCAAUGAGUUCUAUGCCCACCCACGCCUGCAGGACUACUACGUGGUGAUCCUCUGCCCCACGGAGAUGGACAUCCAGGUGCGGCGGGUACUGCAGAUCCCUCUGUGGUCACAGCGGGUGAUCUACCUGCAGGGCUCCGCGCUGAAGGACCAGGACCUCAUGAGAGCCAAGAUGGACAAUGGGGAAGCCUGCUUCAUUCUCAGCAGCCGGAAUGAGGUGGACCGCACGGCGGCGGACCACCAGACCAUCCUGAGAGCCUGGGCCGUGAAAGAUUUUGCCCCAAACUGCCCUCUCUAUGUGCAGAUCCUGAAGCCAGAGAACAAGUUUCAUGUCAAGUUUGCUGAUCACGUCGUCUGUGAGGAGGAGUGCAAGUAUGCCAUGCUGGCGCUCAACUGUGUCUGCCCCGCCACCUCCACGCUCAUCACGCUGCUGGUGCACACCUCCCGUGGGCAGGAGGGCCAGGAGUCCCCGGAGCAGUGGCAGAGGAUGUACGGGCGCUGCUCGGGCAAUGAGGUCUACCACAUCCGCAUGGGUGACAGCAAGUUCUUCAUGGAGUACGAGGGGAAGAGCUUCACCUACGCCGCCUUCCAUGCGCACAAGAAGUAUGGCGUCUGCCUGAUUGGCAUCCGCAGGGAGGAGAACAAGAGCAUCCUGCUGAACCCCGGCCCGCGGCACAUCAUGGCUGCGUCCGACACCUGCUUCUACAUCAACAUCACCAAGGAGGAGAACUCUGCCUUCAUCUUCAAGCAGGCAGAGAAGCAGAAGAAGAAGGGCUUUGCAGGCAGGGGCACCUAUGACGGCCCUUCCCGCCUGCCCGUGCACAGCAUCAUCGCCAGCAUGGGUACAGUGGCCAUGGACCUGCAGAACACUGAGUGCCGCCCCACCAACAGCAGCAAGCUGGCGCUGCCAGCAGAGAACGGCUCAGGCAACCGCCGGCCCAGCAUCGCGCCUGUGCUCGAGCUGGCUGACACCUCAUCCCUGCUGCCCUGCGACCUGCUCAGCGACCAGUCAGAGGAUGAGAUGACACAGUCAGACGAGGAGGGCUCAGCAGUGGUGGAGUACGUGAAGGGCUACCCACCCAACUCCCCGUACAUCGGCAGCUCGCCAACCCUAUGCCACCUCUUGCCUGAGAAAGCCCCAUUCUGCUGCCUGCGGCUGGACAAGGGCUGCAAGCACAACAGCUUUGAAGAUGCCAAAGCCUAUGGCUUUAAGAACAAGUUGAUCAUCGUGUCGGCAGAGACUGCAGGCAAUGGGCUGUAUAACUUCAUCGUCCCACUGCGUGCCUACUAUCGGUCUCGCAAAGAGUUGAACCCAAUUGUGUUGCUUCUGGACAACAAACCAGAGCACCACUUUCUGGAAGCCAUCUGUUGUUUCCCCAUGGUUUACUACAUGGAAGGCACCAUUGACAACCUGGACAGCCUGCUGCAGUGCGGCAUCAUCUACGCCGACAACCUGGUGGUCGUGGACAAGGAGAGCACCAUGAGUGCUGAGGAGGACUACAUGGCGGAUGCAAAGACGAUCGUCAACGUCCAGACCAUGUUCAGGCUCUUUCCCAGCCUCAGCAUCAUCACAGAGCUGACCCAUCCCUCCAACAUGAGGUUCAUGCAGUUCAGAGCAAAGGACAGCUACUCCUUAGCCCUUUCCAAGCUAGAGAAGAAAGAGCGCGAGAAUGGCUCCAACCUGGCCUUCAUGUUCCGCCUGCCCUUCGCUGCGGGGAGGGUCUUCAGCAUCAGCAUGCUGGACACGCUGCUCUACCAGUCAUUUGUGAAGGACUACAUGAUCACCAUCACCCGGCUGCUGCUGGGCCUCGACACCACGCCGGGCUCUGGCUACCUCUGUGCGAUGAAGAUCACGGAGGACGACCUGUGGAUCCGGACCUACGGGCGCCUCUUCCAGAAGCUCUGCUCCUCCAGCGCUGAGAUCCCCAUCGGCAUUUACCGGACGGAGUCGCACAUGUUCGCCACCUCCGAGCCCCAUGACAUCAGAGCACAGUCACAGAUCUCCAUCAACGUGGAGGACUGCGAGGACACGAAGGACGUGAAGGAGCACUGGGGCAUCAAGACGGGCCACCACAGGAACUCGUGCUCCAGUGACCAAUCCGAGCACCCGCUGCUGCGGCGCAAGAGCAUGCAGUGGGCACGGCGGCUGAGCAGGAAGGGCAACAAGCACUCUGGCAAGACAGCCGAGUGGAUCAGCCAGCAGCGGCUCAGCCUGUACCGCCGCUCCGAGCGGCAGGAGCUGUCCGAGCUCGUCAAGAACCGCAUGAAGCACCUGGGUUUGCCCACCACCGGGUACGAGGAUGUAGCAAAUUUAACAGCCAGUGAUGUGAUGAAUCGGGUAAACCUGGGAUAUUUGCAAGAUGAGAUGAAUGACCACCAGAACACUUUGUCCUACGUCCUGAUCAACCCACCCCCAGACACACGGCUGGAGCUGAACGACAUCGUGUACCUCAUCCGCUCCGACCCGCUGGCACACGUGGCCAACGAUGGGCACAGCCGCAAGAGCAGCUGCAGCAACAAGCUGGGCCCCUGCAACCCCGAGACACGGGAUGAGACCCAGCUCUGAGCGCACCUCAUGUGCUGCGGGGAUGAAAGCGAUGGGACAGGCGGGCAGGCAGUCGGGCAGAAGCACCACGUGGGAGUUUUUAACUUUUUAUACCAAUACCGCAACUAGUGAGAAAGUCUUUGCUGGUGCUGGUGGUGAGACUGGAGCUACAACGCGGCCCGUUGGGGCAGGAGGCCGUGUUUGGAAUUGUCCCCAAAUGAUGCAGGCUGUUUGCAUUGGAUGGGGGCACUGCUGAGCCAAGGGCAGCCGCCCUGUGCUCGUCCUGCUCCUCUUUGCUGGGUGUCCGGGAUGGAUAGCCCAAAUUUGGCUCUUUCACCCCAAUGCUCUCCUUGCUUGUUGGCUUGUCCUGGGGGCUGCACGGAGACAAUGGGGAAGAAGGGGAUGGUGCAGCCCUCGCAGCACCUAAGCGACAUCUGCAGAUCCCAAAACGCACCAAAAAGACAACAAAGUGACCCGAGGCCGUGCGGCACUGCUCUUGUUGCACACGUCCUGGCUCUGGGGGCGUUGGCACCCACUGGGGCUCAGCAGCAAAGGCACCACGGGCAGGGAUGUGUCCCACCGGCUCCAUGCGGUGUUGGCCUGGCCGAGCCCCUGUGCCACAGAUGGAUGUGCAUUGGCAGCCCGGCCCGACCCCCGGCUGCUUUCAGCACAGCGGCCGUGGAGACCUUUCUAUAGCAGAAAAACAAGAUGUAUUUUCCAUCUAUUUUUGCACACUUUGCGAUGUCGACAACGUGUAAAGGUUUUGUUGUUUCUUUUUUUUUUUUCUUUGACUGCCAAGUGGAUAACCCAGUUGUUAACUUUAUAUACUUUUACAUUCAUAUACUAAAUCUUCAAUGUGAUUUUUUUUUUUAAGGAGAAGCCUGUAAAGCACAACGCAGCCGUGCCCUCCCAGCGCCGCUGCCAGGAGGGGGUUCUGCCAUUCCCACCCACUGCCCCACGGCACACAAUAAAUGUUGUUUACAAAAACCUGCCUAAAAUUGUGGCACCCCAUGAAGGCGCUGAGCUCUGUGCUGCCUGAAAAGGGAGGAAAACCCACCCAGCCAACAGCCAAAGCUCCGCGGGCUGACAAUUGGACGGGGCCUGGGCUGGCCUUGCUUUUAAUGCCUAUGGUUUCUGCUGCUCUGCAGCCCGGCGUUGCCAUCUGGCACUCAGUGGGCAGUGCAGGUGAAAAUAUCCAACCCCCGGCUGAGCCCUCCGCUGCACUGAGAUGUGGGCACCACCGAACCGUCACCGAUGCUCUGUUUGAAAUGAAUUGUUUUGCUUUUAACGAUGCUUUUUUUUGUUUUGUUUUCCAAAUCUCAUUGGCUGCAGCAGUUCCGUGCUUUAUUUAUUUCCGUUUGUAAGUUGUUGUGCCAAAAAAAUUCAGUAGUUCCCAUAGGAGAAGCAGCGAGAGCAGCUGAAGCACAAAGCCAAUGGGGUUGAGCCACGUGUGACCCCAGAGCGCUCCGUCCCUCCGCUGUCAGUGCACACAACCGAGCCUGGAGCUGAAGGUUUUCCAUCCCAUUAAUCUUUAAGGGAGGGGAGAACAAAGCAGCACUGCACCCUACCCCAUGGUGGGGGGGGGGCUGAGGUCACAGCCCUCCACUCAGUGAUCCUUAUGGGCCCCUUCCAGCUUGGGCUAUUCCACAGUUACCCCCCGCUGACCAUUCAGAAGGGAACAUUUCCCUCUGCUCUGUGUGCCUGGGGGCAGCCCACCCCCCCACGGCACCCCAGGCACUGCCAGAGCAUCCCUCACCCUCACUGCAUUCCAACGCUGCUCCUGUUUGUUUCAUGUAUAAAGAUGUGUAUUUAAGAAGAAAAAAAGCUACUCGUGUAUAAAUCACAUACAUGGGGUUUUUUUUUUGCAGACAUUAUUUCUAUGGUGUAAAUUUAUAGCUGACAUUCUAACGGGAUGUUCAAAGCAAAGAAAAACGCUGUAGAUAUUUACCUGUGGCCAAUGCAAGUCUAGGAGCAAGCGUUCAUUUUUUUCUAAUUCCUCAGCCUCGGUUACAACACGAAUGUAAAAAGGAGAAUACUUUAUUUUUGUAAUGGUUGUGGCACCACCGCUGCAUCACCAGGAGCUGCUGGAGGAGGAGGGAUGUGCUGCACCCACUGCUUCACCCCCACAGCUCCAGCAUGGCCCCAACGCACAGCAGUCUUUAUUUCAGGUCACUCUCAGUUGCUUCUAUUCUGUCCCCAGUUUUCCCAAUGAAAUCUAAUGGUUUCACUGCCAGCAGUGGGUGGCACAGCUCCGGAUCACUGCUGGCUCAAAGCGCAGCACUUUGCCCAUUGGGGAAGCAGCGCUCCCCCGUCCCAUAGGGGAUGCACUGAGAUGGCACUGCUGGCCCAGGGAUGCCUCCUAUUCCCCCUUAGCUCACCCCUAUGGGGGAGAACACAGCGCUGGGGCUCCCAGAGCAACGCAACGCCCUCAGCAGAAACAGGACUCUAUGAAGGACGCAGAGCUGAAAGGCCCCGGGGAGGGCAGACACACGAGGGCUGUGACAGCCCCAGGUUUACUGGCACUGUGUGCUCCAUGGCACUAACAGCUCCAUCCUCUGAACACGGACCACAUCCCCACAGCACAUCACGCACUGCAGCAGUACUGAGUAGUCACACACCUGGCCCCAUUUCUACCCCUCCCUCCAAACACUGCCUUUUUACUUCCCAAGGGGGAACUGCUCUCCAGGUCAGCUCUGCGUGGGCUCCAUCGGCCACGGCCAACAGAAAAGGCAUCCUUCCCUCUCCGAGGCCUCAUUUUGGGACAUGUAUUCUUGGGGUGCACUGUGGACAGCCAACUGGAGAUGUUUUUGUACGAUUCCCGUGAAGACACUUCACAUUUCUGUAAAGAGAAACCGAAAUAAAAGAGCUGCAUGCAGCAACAACGGA